CGCUCUCGGGCAGGACAGGAGUGCGCGCGGGACAUCAGCACACCGGCCGGGUCAAGGAGCUGCAAGGAUGGAGAUUCGACCAGACAGGUUUAAGGCGGUCGCGGGCAAAACUCUGGGGAAAAUUCACAGGCUGAUUGAGAAGCGGCAGCCCAAUGGAGAGACCAUCGAGUUAUCAGCAGAUGGCCGUCCGGAGCUGGUGGAGGAGAAGGAGCUGCCGGUGGUUGACUGCACCUGCUUUGGUUUGCCCAGGCGGUACAUCAUCGCCAUCCUGUCUGGCCUGGGAUUCUGCAUCUCUUUCGGCAUCCGAUGCAACCUGGGUGUGGCCAUUGUAAGCAUGGUCAAUGAUCACACCGUCUACAAAGGCAACAAGGAAGUACUUGUGGCUGCACAGUUCACCUGGGACCCUGAGACCGUGGGUAUGAUCCAUGGCUCCUUCUUCUGGGGAUACAUCGUCACUCAGAUCCCAGGAGGCUUUAUAUGUCAAAAAUUUGCAGCCAACAGAGUGUUUGGCUUUGCCAUAGUGGCCACCUCCACCCUCAACAUGCUGAUUCCCUCUGCCGCUCGAUGCCAUUACAGCUGCGUCAUACUGGUCAGGAUAUGCCAGGGCCUUGUCGAGGGUGUUUCGUACCCUGCCUGCCAUGGGAUCUGGGCCAAGUGGGCGCCUCCUUUGGAGAGAAGUCGAUUAGCCACGACGGCCUUUUGUGGAUCCUAUGCAGGGGCAGUGGUGGCCAUGCCUUUAGCUGGAAUACUGGUGCAGUACAUUGGGUGGCCUUCAGUAUUCUACGUCUAUGGCAGCUUUGGGAUAUUCUGGUACUUGUUCUGGAUCCUGGUGUCGUAUGAGAGUCCUGCAGCCCAUCCCACCAUUACACCAGAGGAACAGAAGUACAUCGAAGAUGCAAUCGGAGAUAGUGCAUCAUUUCUCAAUCCUCUCCAAAAAUUUAAAACCCCAUGGAGACACUUCUUCACCUCCAUGCCAGUCUAUGCCAUCAUUGUGGCCAACUUCUGCAGGAGCUGGACCUUCUACCUGCUGCUCAUCAGUCAGCCAGCCUACUUUGAGGAAGUCUUUGGCUUCGAGAUCAGCAAGGUGGGCAUGGUGUCAGCUUUGCCCCAUCUGGUGAUGACAAUCAUUGUGCCUGUUGGAGGCCAGUUGGCAGACUACCUGAGAACCCACAACCUCAUGUCCACCACCAACGUCAGGAAGAUGAUGAACUGUGGAGGUUUUGGAAUGGAGGCUACUCUCCUGCUGGUGGUCGGUUUCUCUCACACAAAAGGCAUUGCCAUUUCCUUCUUGGUCCUGGCGGUGGGUUUCAGUGGAUUUGCUAUCUCAGGGUUUAAUGUCAAUCACUUGGAUAUUGCACCUCGAUAUGCCAGCAUACUGAUGGGCAUCUCAAAUGGGGUGGGAACAUUGUCUGGAAUGGUGUGUCCUCUCAUUGUGGGAGCCAUGACCAAACACAAGACACGUGAAGAGUGGCAGUAUGUCUUCCUUAUAGCUGCCCUUGUUCAUUAUGGAGGAGUGAUUUUCUAUGGACUCUUUGCAUCAGGAGAAAAGCAACCAUGGGCAGACAUAGAAAACACAAGUGAUGAGAAGUGCGGUAUCAUCGACGAGGACGAACUGGCCAAUGAGACGGAGGAGCUCUAUCGCGGAGGCGGGCAGUACGGUGCCAUGAGCCAACCAGUGGUUGGUGCCAACGGGGGAGGGGCCGGAGGAGGAGGAGGAGGAGGAGGAGGAGGAGGAGCUGGAGCAGGAUGGGUGUCGGACUGGGAUAAAUCUGAGGAGUAUGUUCAACCACCAGGAUACAACUCAUACAUGUAUGCAGGAGAGAAGGAGAAGGAGCUGACAUAGAAGAAUGACACGUGAUGCAAAUAAGAAACAAAAGGAGGAAGAUUGUUUUGGGAAAGUUACUGCAAUAAUGGAUGGAAUUCCUGUGUGCUUUUGUACAGUAUUUACAACUGCACAUAUCAAAAGUAUGCAUCUAAUUUAUUCAAUUCUGUGUGUGUGUGUGUGUGCGUGCGCGCAUGUGUGCGUGUUGCAUGAAGGUUUUAGUCAUAAUGCACAGAAACACAUGCAUUUUUUUAAAAAUAAACAAACAAAACUUCAGAAUUCCUUCCUGCUCACUGAUGAAGACUGAUCAGGAGUUCUGUUGCCGUGGCAUCACAGGCGAAAUUGUGUGUGUACGUGUGUGUAUAUGUGUGCGUGUGUACACGUGUGUGGUCUUUUUGCCUGUCGGCCUACAGGCUGAAGUCUCUCAAGCCACUGGAAUUGUGUCAUAAUUGAAAUGUUCAUGUGUAGAAGAAGAAGACGAAGAAGAAGGAGAAGAAGGGUUCAUUCUUUCAAACUUUUCAAAUGUACAAGAGAGAGAAAUGUGCUUCAGUGUUGUAUCAGUUUGUCUGUAAUGCUUGUUGUUGAUACGACAAGCUGCCCUUAACGCGUAUGUGUGUGCAUUUGUGUGUGCCAAGGCGACUCACUAAAUCUCACCUGGGUCUGACCUAACUAGGUCACGGCCAGUCGAACGUAUGGGUCACAAAGCCUCUAUUUCCAGUAAAUCACCUGACUCUUUCUAUUUGUGCGUGUGUGUAUGUGUGUGGGUGAUCCCUUUGAAAAAGUGGCCCAGGAAGACAAGUAGAGUGUGAUAGUUCCACUGCCACUGCUUAACCCCCAGUGGAACAAUACAGUUAUAAUAUUCCCACGCAUUACAGCCUCUGUGUGACUUACUCUCCUUCUGUUUCUGUUUCCCUCUCAUUCUUGAAUCUUUGCUGGUGCUGUUUUCCAUGUCUUUAAAUGUCAUGUUUGAGUUGGUAUGGGUCAGAUCUUUUCAAACAUUGUGUGUGUGUGUGUGUGUGUGUGGUUGUUGGGUGCAGGUGCUGAAACGUUAUGCAGAAACAGGGAGCAUGUUUCAGUGAGCACAGCAGUGUAAUGCCCAGGCUGCUCUCUCUCGCUCUCUCUUUCUUCUAUUUACAAACAGACACACAUAGGUUGUACAAGCACAGGCAUGUGCACCAUGUACAGUGCACACAGGGAGUGUUAGCACAGUAUUUGAUAUUUAUGUAUCAUGCUUGACCGGAUUUUUCUACAGUGAUGUUGCUCUGCCAGUGACAGAUUCUUGACGCACUCCAUGUGAUAAAAUAUAAAUUCCAUGUCAUUCUGACCAUAUUUCCACGUGCACUGUUCCUUCCACUCUACUCAAAUGGCUGAGUGGAAGAGAAUUGGGCUUGUUACCAGAGAGCCCCUGAGCAAGGUGCUCAACUACCAUUACUUCCCGGGUGCAGAUUUGUGUGUAUUCACUACUGAUGUGUAAAAAAAUGCAGAGCUUAAGUUCACUAUCAAUAACUGGUAACCAUUGCAAAUAUAAAAAGUAAUUCUAAUCCCUUCCACACAUGCAUAAACAGUCUCAAAUUGUGUUCCAGUUGUGGUGAUUUCUCACCAGGAAAUUGUCCUUCAUUGCAUGUCCUCGUAUUGUUUGAGCGUUGACUUGUACGUGUGUGCAUGUGUGAGUGUGUACUCGCGGACUUCUUCAAAUAGCAAGUUUCCAUGGUUACUGUCCUCUUUAGAGGUAUAAUGCUUUGGUGACUCAGCAGUUUCGGAGAAUAAAAAUAUGUAAACUUAUAAUAAUCAGUCAAUACAUUUAUUAAUAACCAACCAAUAUUGAUUAUUAGAAAUCAGCCUGUCUGAUUAAUUAGCAGAAAAAAACACAUCCACUCUGUGUGUGGAAACAGGCUGGGACCAUUCACUAUCCAAUGUUGACGACCAUGGCCAAAUCAUGCCCUUAAAAGGAGUCGUCUCCUUAUUUCAACGCACUGACAGCUGGGUAGUGACGUGUUGGGUCCAUAGGUGGUGUCCCCUCAGGAGACACUGACAGUAUCAUCCAGGAAGGAAACCAUCAUACUGUAUAAACUGCAACUGACUAUCUGCAUAAAGAGUAGAAAGAGCUGACAGAUUCUGAUAUGGAAUGACAUGUGCUCACAGACACACACAUUUAUUUUAACAUUUUAAGGCUGCAUCCUCAGACCAGCGGAAGCUUUUUUUUUUAUUUAAUGUGAAGAGGGUUUUUGGUUUGAAACCCUCACAAAAAUAAACAUUCAGAAUCCUAAACAAGAUUCAUUUAAAUCAAAUGCAGGAAAAUGUGUGGGCAUCAGACAAUGGAUUAUUUAAAAACUUGACAAAAGCAGAUUACCAUGUAGUUUUGAGUGAUAUGUGUCCAUGAUUUGAAUGAUUAUUCAUGUGAGCAGUUUAAAAAAAAAUUUUGAAGUGUUGUAUCAAUGUAUUCUUGAUCAAGUUUCUUCUUUGUCUCAGUUUCAGUGUCGUCCUCCUCCAAUCCUGAUGAAAUGUUUAGUUACCUGGUGGGAAACUGUGGAAAAUAUUCUAUGUACAAAAGAUGUAUAUGUGAGAAAUCCU